AAUUUUUAUUUAGACUAUUCUAAAGUUUGUAGUUUUUUUAUGAUCUUGGAGGAUAUCAAAUAAGCAUCUUCGUUAGUAUAGUUUUCUUAGUUUUUAAUUUGAAAAUAUAGCACUUAUAUCUAAUGUAUUCCUAACUAAUAUUUAUUUGUUAUCUCUCAUGAAUGAUAUUAGUUUUAAUUUUUUAAUGAGAAACAAGUACGUAAUUGGUUUUUUAGACCUGAGCUCCUAGAAACAGAAAACAAGAAAUGUAACACGCCUUUGAUCCAGGCCAUAACGGAGAACGAUUUCAAAAUGGUUAAUCUAUUGCUUCAUUUGGGUGGUAACAUAAAUAAAGCUUUGAUGCAUUCUGGAAAAACCCCGUUGUUGGUUGCAAUUUCCUAUGGUUUUCUCGAAUUAACUAAGUUCCUCAUUAGUAAAGGUGCUUCAGUACGUGCUGUAGAUAUUAACGGAUUGGGAGCAAUGCAUUAUGCUGUGAGUUCUGAAAAUUUUGAGAUGAUUGGUUAUUUUGUCGACAUGGGAUUGGAAGUGAACCCAAGGGAUAAAAACGGAUUGACACCUUUACUUAGAGCAGCAUAGUCGACAUUGAUGUCUUCACACAAGAAGUGGGGCACAGCAUAUUCACCAGUGGUGUAGGUUGCUGGGCUCAAGUUUGAUGGUGUCUGUUGUAUACCCCAAUGCAAAGAUGACUUUAUUUCCACUUCCAGCCAUUCAUUCUCAAAGGUUGAAAGGUCUCCGUUUGGAUGGAACGCAUCUUUAUCAUCUUUGAAAGAAAAAAAAAUCAAAUCUACUCACUACUCAAACAAAAACAGAAGAUAUGAAUACAAAGUGUAAUGUGAAAUUUUUGUCGGGUGAAUAAAUUGUAUAUUAUUGUUCAA